UCAAAAGCCCUCCGCUUCUCUCGCAAGCUGCUGCAUUCCAUAAACCGUCUAUUCCAUCCUCGAGUUCCUUGAGCGGUCUCGAACGCUGCAUCGAUUGCUCUCAUUGCUUGCUUUGAUCCAUCCACUUACACUUGUAUACACACAGUCCGACCGCCUUGCAGGCAGGCCGCGCGCUUGCUCAGGCGUGUUUGGCCCGCCGUCGCCGUCAUGACGGCAAACGCGCCAUACUACCAGAUGCGCGGCCAGUUCACCAACGGCGCAAACGCCCAGUUCGUGCCUGACGACGUUGACGACUAUGACCUCUCUGCGUCCAUUACGCCUCAGGAGGCUGCUUCCCUCUAUACCGAACGCCAGCCGUCUGAAACUCCGAUCAAUACACUGGAGGAGAACCACAAUCUUGUCGAGCUACUGGAGGCCGCGACUACGGCUGCCGGACAGGCUGCGCAGGCCAUGGACGUUGAUACUUCUGGCGACAGCGCGGCAAUACCGAGCAAGGGCAAGCGGAAGAGAGGCUCAAGCCCUUCGGCUGAUGCGCAAGGAGACGCUGCGCCUGGCGCGAAGCGGGCGAGAAUCGAUUUGCCGACAGACCCUCAACUGCGCGGCGCAGAUAAUAGCAUGCGCGGCAGAUCCGAGAGCAGUAGUCUGCCGCCGUCAAGUGAGUUGAUGGAUAACGCUCGCGCUGCAGGUGUUCACUCCGCCGCCGCCCUCUUUCGACGCUCCUCCGAGAAGUCCAGCCGCAAGUACACACGUCCGCCCAUGUCUAAACUCUUCAUGUCGCUUCAACUCACUCCCGAGAACUUUCUCCAUCUGCAGGCUCAAGCAAAGACGUAUAUGCUCGAUCCAGCGCAUCCCGAGCGGCAGAAUUGCGUUGGAAACAGAGGCAAGGGAGACACGGACAUGGUCAAGCUACGCUUGUUCAACUGCGUUCGGGAUUUCUUAAAUGAUGGCGUAGGUGAGCGCUUCUUCGGCGAGUAUGUUGAGAAGCCAGGGGAGAAAGAUGCCAUUGAGGCUGCCCGAGCCCUUGGAGAAGAGAAAAGCUCGCGCGAUGAUAAGCUGGUGUGGCCGAGGGACGGGAACAAGAUCAUCAGCCUCGUCACUCCGCUCCUGAGGCGUAUGGUUACGAAUGAGCGACAGCGCAUGUACGCCAUCGAGACGAGGAAAGGAGGCGCGAAGAAAAAGGAAGGUAGUGUUGAAGCAACCCAAGCGCAGGACAGCCAUCCCGGCAUGAGCGAUGACAACAAUCAGCGACAACAGAGUGAGCAACCACAGACCAUCUUCGACAGCACAAACUUCCAUCCGCUCGCUCCGCUUCAGAGUCAGAUUUUGCAACCUCCAAUCGUACCAUCCGCUCCAUCGUUACCGGUCCAUUCUCCCGAAAUCAACCAAGCAAUCUACCCUCAUAUCACCACGGCUCACCCGACUAAGGCUAUCUCCAAUCGAUCAGCCAUCGAACUGUCGCCUGGGCUGAAGCUCCCUCUGCCGAUCCAGCCUCCAACCGAGCCUCAUUUGCAGCGCAUCAAUAUCUUUCUGGCCAAGAAGGGCAUCAGACUUGCGCGCGUGAUCCGCCUCGAGGCCGCCCCACCAGAUGAGCCUCUGUUCAACUAUCAGUGGACCGAGCUGAGAACCAGAAUCGACAACCUCAUCAGGGAGAAUGCGCUACUAUACCCGGAGCUGCAGGAAGAGCUAAACAAUCUCUCAAGCAUGGGCCCCGAAGCACUCCGUGGCUUAGCAGUCGCUGCUAGUGAGAUCCAUGCUACGUCCACCGCGAACAACAAUGAGGGUCUCGAAAGUGCUAAUGGCAGUGCAACAGCACGAAACGACUCUGUGGCCAUAGGCAUGAUCCCCGAUGUAGUCUCCGACGAUGCGUCGACGCGGGCGCUCCUCUCGGACUCCAGACAGUCAUCACCUCCCGCUCAGACACCUGCAAGCAUGACAUCGCCAUCGUCCGUCCUUCCCUCAGGUCGACUGCCCCCGUACAGGAUCACGAGUAUGUCGACACUGGGCUUGCGGGAGAUAAUGAAUGAGAGUGAUUGGAUCGAGCUGAAGUCGGACAUUGCGCACGCGGUCUGGGCGGAUGGGGUUUGUAACUUGGUUGUGGAGCUUGACUGAACGCUAGCUCGAUGCGGUGUUAUGGCUUUGAUUCAGGGCCAUCCAUCCUAAGUUUCGGUGCACUGGCAUUACCAUUUGUAUUGUUACAUUUGCAUAGCGUGGAAUGGGUAUCAGGGCGGGGCAUGGGGACGGCGUCAUAGUGACUUUCGAAGGCUUUCAACCGCUUGCAUGCAUUGAUGGAGUUUAUCUUAUUCUGGAACGCGAGUUUUCCCCAGCUGCGCGCAUCUUCUUAGCACAGUGAGUCGUAGUCUACG